AUGAGUGGUGAGAUUAAAAUGUUGUCUAGUCGCCCUAUUUUCUCUCGUUUGGUGCUUGUGCCCCGCAGUGCAAUUUGGGGGAAAACUGUAAUAUGCAUAUAUUUGAUCUGUGUGUCUGCAACUCUGUUUGGCGAGGUGAAACCACCUUUGCACAUUUGUUGUAAGACAAAGAAAAAGGAGAAAAUGAUGUGGAAAUGCGCCCAGUUAUAUGGUUUUCUUUCUGGUGCACUGCCGCCAGUUAACGGUAACUGCAUUUCUCCUUCGCAGUUUCUGGUUCUGACGUGUUCCCUACAAACUUGCGGGAGAAGCUUAGGCGACAUGUUAGCAUGGGAAGUAAGGGAAGGUCUUGGAGACUCUAUCUUCUUUCUGGGGCAGCAAUGCUUUUUUUUUUUUUAA